AAAGAUAUCGCAAUGUUUUCAGUUGUGAUCUGACGUGCUGCGAGCAUUAGUACUAACAACACCGCAACCAUGGCACCAGUCACCAAUACACCACCAGAGGUAUCAAUAUUACAUCCAAAGGUUUUAUUAUUUACAGCAGGACUCACAACAUCGAUAUUCCUUCUGUACAGAUUCUACAAACGAUACAUUCGACGAAUUAGAAACUAUCUCGAUCUAACAUCGUCAAUACUAAACAAUAGACAGUCAUUAUAUGGAUACGUCACUUCAGUGCCUGAUGGUGACAAUUUCCGAUUCUAUCAUACUCCAGGUGGAAGAUUAUUAGGAUGGGGUUGGCUACGCUCAAUACCCACUACUCGUGCGGCAUUAAAAGACGAAACUUUAAUGAUUAGAUUGUGUGGAGUUGAUGCACCUGAAUGUUCGCACUUUGGAAAGCCAGCACAACCAUAUUCCCAGGAAGCAUUGCAAUGGUUAAGAGAAUAUAUUAAUGGGAGAUAUGUUACAAUCACUCCAUACUCUAUAGACCAGUAUAAACGAGUUGUGGCAAGGGCUCAAAUAUGGAAAUGGAAUGGUAGGAAAGAUGUUUCUGCUGAAAUGCUUAAACGAGGUAUUGCUGUGGUGUACGAAGGCAAAGUAGGUGCCGAGUUUGGUGAUAAUGAAAGUUGGUAUAGAAAAUUAGAAGCAAAAGCUAAAAAACUAAAACGGGGUAUGUGGUCGUUGGGCAAGAAAUUACAAACACCAUCUGCAUACAAGAAAUUGUAUGUUAAUAAUUAAUAUAUAAUCUACUUUACUAAAUCAGCAACAGCUUUGGCUAAAGCUUCCACAUUGUCCUUGGUAUCUGCUUCAGCAUAAACUCUAACAGCAUCUUCUGUACCGGAAGCUCUAACAAAAGAUCUACCGUGGUUAUAUUUAGCAACUUCGGCAUCUAUUUUGUCUUGUAACCCAGUAGGUUCAACCAAUGUUCUUUCAGCAUUUGUGGUUUUAAAAACCAGUCUAUCAGGAACAAUAACCUUGACUAAUUUGUUAGGCAAGUCAUUGUAACAUUUGUUCCAGUCGCGUGGUGUCAAUUGCAAGUAAUGAACAAUAAUUAAAACGGCAAGUAAGUCAGAAAUAGCAUCACCAACAGUUUGGUUAAUCAAUUUGCUGAAUUCUUGCAAUACUUGAAUAGACUUGACUUCUUCUGCAUUGACUGGAUCAGCCUUAUAUUCAAAGAUCUUUUGUUCAGCUUCUGGCUUGAAAAUAACAGUACCAUGUCCAUUAGCUUCGAAAUAAACCCCAAUAUCGAAAUUUUCAGCUUCAUGGUGCAAAUGUUUGACACCAGUUGGGGUACAACGAACAGGAAUCUUUAAAACGUCUUCAACGUACUUGGUAGAAGAACCAUUGGCAUAAGCAGUUUGAACAACACCAAUAUCGAGCUUCAAUUUAGCAGAGUCAAUAUGUUUGAACAAUUGCUGUAAGAAUAAAGCAAUUAAAGUAGAUAACUUGUCACCAUCAAGUAAUCUGAAUUCAGGAUCAAUAUAGUAGCAAAUCAAUCUGUCAGCAUCACCAUCAAAUGAAGCAUAUAAUUUAUUAGGAGUUGGGGUGACAUUCUUUGGUAACUUUUGGUUAGUCUUGACAUAAUCAGCACCACAAUCAAAGUUCAAUAAUUGAGGAGAGUUGUAGUUGCCAUUGACUAAGUUGAAUGUAAUCUGUUCAGACAAGUAAGUAGCCAAUAAUUCUUUAAUUUUUGGAGCACCUACACCAUUAGCAGCAUCAAUUGUAAUGUCAAUCUUUUCCGAGUUACCCGACAAAGCAAAAAUCUUCUUGAAUGAUUCGGCCAUUUUGGCAUAGUAUCCUUCUUCAGAAGUAGCUCCAAAUGCUGGAUCAUUAAUGGUUCUUGUAACAUAGUGUAAUUGAGGUGUAGUAAAUAAUCCAAAGUCUUGAUAUUUAGUAUUUGGAACGGAUUUGAAACCGUCAAUGGUAGCAUUGCUCAAUCUUUCACUUGAUUCACGUGAAUCUCUAGCAAUGACGACACUAGCAGGUGCACUCAAAUCAAUUCCCAAAUCCUCAACAAGUUUGGAGAUAUUGCCCAACAAUUCUUCGUGAGUGGAAUUAGCCAAGGUGGUAGCAUAGGCUUCCCAAGAGGUUUGUAACAUGCUGCCCAAGGGAUCAACAACCUUAACACCAUUAUCUUCAGGAGGGUUAUGAGAGGCAGUAAUCAUAACACCUACAGUUUGUCCCUGAAGGAACUUGGAUCUAAGGGCAGCAAUUAUCCCAGUGGUGUAAUUGACAUAGUCCAAAUUGACAGCCUUCAUACGGAACCCAGCAGUACCAUAAGUGAAUUUUAAUCCAUCUGGCUUAGGAUGGGAUGGUAAGUAUUGACCUAAAGUUUGUUCAAUUGACAUUGUUGAUAGGGAAAAGAACGUAAUGUUGAACAAAGUGUU